AUGGCUGCUGCCGCGGAGGCUGGCGUCGCCGGUAGCAGCAAACCUGGAAGUAGCAGCGUUGCGGAACCCCCGAAUCUCGCCGGAAAAACCGGGCGGUCGGAGCGCGAUCGCGAUCGCGUGUACGACAUUCCCUGGGUGGAGAAGUACCGGCCACAGCGAGUGGAGGACAUAGUGGGCAAUGAAGACGCGGGCCCUCCUGGGACAGGGAAAACCACUAGCGUCCUGGCCUUAGCACAUGCACUGCUGGGUCCCAGCUACCGCGAUGCAGUGUUGGAGCUGAACGCGUCUGACGAUCGGGGCAUCGAUGUGGUUCGCAACAAGAUCAAGAUGUUCGCCCAGAAGAAAGUCACCCUGCCGUCCGGGCGGCACAAGAUCAUCCUAUUGGACGAGGCGGACAGCAUGACAGCAGGGGCGCAGCAGGCGUUGAGAAGAACAAUGGAAAUCUACUCCUCUACCACCAGAUUCGCCCUGGCAUGCAACGUGUCUUCCAAGAUCAUCGAACCCAUUCAGAGCCGCUGCGCCGUCGUGCGAUUCUCCCGGUUGACUGAUGCUCAAGUGCUGGCGAGGCUCAUGCUGGUGGUUCAAGAGGAAAAGGUGGCGUACGUUCCAGAGGGGUUGGAAGCGAUUGUGUUCACAGCAGAUGGGGACAUGAGGCAGGGACUGAACAACCUGCAGGCCACUGCCACUGGCUUCGGUCUGGUGAACGCUGAUAAUGUCUUCAGGGUAUCUGUAUGGAAGGGGAGGGAGAGCAUGGGAGGCACAGCGGAUGGCGACAUGAGGCAGGGACUGAGCAACCUGCAGGCCACUGCCACUGGCUUUGGGCUGGUGAACGCCGAUAACGUGUUCCGGGGACUGAACAACCUGCAGGCCACUGCUACUGGCUUCGGGCUGGUGAACGCCGAUAACGUGUUCCGGGUGUGCGACCAGCCGCACCCACUGAAGGUGGCAGCAACAGUCAAAGCCAGUCUAUCGGGUAACAUUGACACUGCAUGCGAGGGCAUUCGGGACCUCUUUGCUCUGGGCUACGCUGCGUCUGACAUCAUCACGACUCUCUUCAGAAUAGUCAAGAACUACGACAUGCCCGAGUUCUUAAAACUUGAGUUCAUCAGGGCGCCUCAAAAAGUGGAGGCUUUCCUUUGCCGGUCUCUGGGCUAUGGUGCUUCUGACAUCAAGUCAAAAGCAGCUGAUGCUCCUGCGGCUCCGGCCAACGCGACCGCUUCUGCUAAGGCGGCUGCCGCGCCUGCUAACGCGACUAAAUCUGGAAAUGCUACAAAAGUCGCUAACAGCGCGCAUGGAGUGGCUACGGCGAGGCUGAGCAAGGGCGCGGGCGAAGGAAAGAACUCCACAUGCGCCUACUACGGAAACUACAACGCCAACCCUUACUUCGGCAAGGGACUCACCGCGAAGAUUCCUGACGCGCUCUUCAGCAAGCGAUGCGGCGCGUGCUUCAAGGUGAUCUGCAGCAACGACACGAAGCGCUGCCGCAGCGGCAAGGCCACCGUCACCGUCCGCGUCGUCGGCGCCACCAAGACGGAGGGGAAGCAGAUUUCGCUCUCCGCCGUCUCAUGGGCGAAAAUCGUGCAGGGUUCGGAAACUGCCCCUGUGAACAUCACGUACAAGCGCACCAACUGCGUUUCCACCGCCGGAUCGGCGGUGCGCGUGCGCAGCAACUCCACCGCGGAGCAUUUUAACAUUCAGAUGGUCGGCCUUGCCGGGCCCGGCACGCUUACCGAGGUAGAGCUUAGCGCGGACGGCAAAAAGUGGGUGAAGCUGACCCGCGACGGAAACAAGGCGAUUUGGGGGAUCAAGGGCAAGGAGGCGAAGGCGGUUGUGGGCGCGAAGAAGGCUAUGAGCGUUCGCCUCACUGCGGGACACACCAGGGAGAAGAUCACCCUCGCGAAUGUCAUUCCCACCGCCUGGAAGCCUCAAACGCUCUACUCGUCCAAGACCAACUUCAAGAAACUCAUGGCUGAGGCCAAGUAG